CGGAACCUUUGAGUUUGUUCCUCAGUUUCCGACCGGAGCACAACACGGUGUUACACGACGAGAUGGCGACCUCUCUGCUGCGGUUAGGGCGACUGGGCUCUCUCAAGUGUCUGCGGCUGGAGAGCUGCGGCGUCCUGAGGUCUCGAUCCGCUGCUGCGUUCUGCACUCAGGCUGAAGAUCCUGUAAAACCUGCGAAAAAGACAAAGGCUGCAAGCAAGACAGCAGAGGCUCCAGAUGAGCGAGCAGCCCUGCUGGCCUACAAGACCGCAGUUGCCUUCCCAGUUAAACUUUCAGACCCUGGAGUUUUCCCAACACAGUCUCUAGGUGUAGCUGAACCAGUGGCCAGCUCCACUGCUGCUGCAGAAACAGUCGUAGCAGCAGCAGCAGCUACAGCGCCUGUUACUGCUGCCAGUGAAGCAGCUGCAGCUCCAGCCGUCACCUCAGAGUCAGCUCCUGACCCAGAUGCUGCUCAGGUAAUCGCUGACGCAGCUCCCCCUGCUGCUGAGCCUCUGGUAGAUGCAAGCAGUGAAACCUCCGCAGCAGAGGCUUCAGAAGAGAGAGCAGCCCUGCUGGCCUACAAGACCGCAGUUGCCUUCCCAGUUAAACUUUCAGACCCCGGAGUUUUCCCAACACAGUCUCUAGGUGUAGCUGAACCAGUGGCCAGCUCCACUGCUGCUGCAGAAACAGCUGCAGCAGCAGCGGCAGCUACAGCGCCUGUUACUGCUGCCAGUGAAGCAGCUGCAGCUCCAGCCGUCACCUCAGAUGCUGCCCAGGUUAUCGUGGACGCAGCUCCACCUGUAGCUGACGCAGCUCCCCCUGCUGCUGAGCCCCUGGCAGAUGCAAGCAGUGAAACCUCAUCAGCACCAGACGACACGCCCGUCGCCGCAGCCUCCGCCACAGACGAUGCAGCCAAGACAACCUCCUCUGAACCAGCAGAACCAGCCGCUGACGGAUCAUCCUCCUCAUCGUCCAGCGACUCGGAUUCUGACUCGGACUCGGACUCUGACUCAGACUCUGAGGACGAGAAGUCAAAAGAGAAGACUGAAACCAGGACCCCGGCGCAAGAGUUGUCAGAACCCAAAGGAGAAGCAGAAGUCCAGGAGGUCAUAUCGGAAGUAAAGGAAGAAGCUGAUGAAGCUAAGAAGGAACCUGAAGCUACUCUCACCUCCGCCGCUGAAGCCGUACAGGAAGCUGCUCCAGCAGCAGCUGCACACACAGAAGCAGCCAGCGUUAGUGCUGAGGAGUUGGUGGACUCUGCGCCGGAGAUCAGCGAGACCAUCCCAGACGUUUCAGCUGAAGCUGCAACAGAACCUUCUCCAGAAGUAAUAAAAGACGUUGCAUCUCCCGCUGGCCCCGAUGCCCAUGUAGACACUCCAGUUGAAGUUGUGACCGAGGCUGCAACUCCAGAAAAAGCCCCAACUGACGCUCCUGUAGAAGCCGCAGAGCCUGCCUCCCCCGCGGAAGCCGCUGAAGUCCCCACAGAAGCCGCUGCAGCCCCCGCAGAAGCCGCUGCAGCCCCUGCAGAAGCCACAGCCGAGCCUGUAGAAGCUGAAGUGGCUGCAGAGCCUGUAGAAGCUGAAGCCGCCCCCGCUGAAGUGGCUGCCGAGGCUGCAGCUGAAGUUUCCGCCCCUGCAGAGAGCGCAGAGGAGCUGGUGGACGCCGCUCCAGUCUUAGCCGAAGCUGCUGCAGAGCCUGUAGAAGCUGAAGCGGCUGCUGAGGCUGCAGCUGAAGUUUCCGCCCCAGCGGAGAGCGCAGAGGAGCUGGUGGACGCCGCUCCGGUCAUAGCCGAAGCCGCAGGAGAGGAGCUGCAGGCGGAGGCCCCAGUCGAACCGUCUGAGGAGGCUGCAGCAGCAGCAGCGGCACCUCCGGAGCCCGAGGAGCCUUUUGACAACAGCACUUAUAAAAAUUACCAGCACCACGGCUACAACGCGUACACAUUCGCAGACCUGGAUCUAGAGAUGGCCAAGUAUCGGCUCCCUCAGCCCUCCUCUGGCAGACCCUCACCCAGACACUAGAAGAGCUGACCCGGCUGCAAACAUUGAUUAUUGCUUAAAGAUGAUGCUGAUGUCCCUCUUUCUGUAUGAUCAACCCCCCCCCCCCCCCCCCCCCCCCUCUCAGACACCUGUCAGAUCUGCAUGUCAUCCUGAUGUUAAAAAUGUUAUAUUAUUAAAGUACACAAAUGAGAAAUAAA